UUUGCUUUUCACGUUCAAAAAGUCAAAUUUUUGUAGCCAACAUGAAACUAUACUGUUUAGGACGAGCUCCAAACUCGCCAUGUUUCGUACUUCAGUUCAAACAGACGACCAUCAUGAUGGAUUGUGGAUUGGAUAUGUCAAGUGUKAAUCAUUUUACACCUUUAUCACUCGUCAAUAAUGAACAAUUCAGCAAACUAAACCCAUGGACAUCAAGAGAAAUACAAGACAUUGAAGGAUUCUCCUCACAGAAUAAUCUUAAAGAAAUAUCUGGAAAGAUUUUCAUUGAUUCUGAACCAGAGGUUUGUCCUCCAGAGGCUGGCUUGAUAGAUUUUUCUACAGUUGAUGUGAUUCUGAUAUCAAACUAUCAUUUUAUGCAAGCUCUACCUUACAUUACAGAGUAUUCAGGUUUUUCUGGAAAAAUCUACGCUACUGAACCUGCAAUUCAAAUAGGAAGAGAUUUAAUGCUUGAACUGGUGAAUUUUGCUGAACGGGUUCCAAAGGUCAGCAAAGGGAACAUGUGGAAAGAAAAUGAUGUGUUAAGAUGUCUUCCAUCAUCAAUAAGUGACAGUGCUCAGUCAUGGAAAGUAUUGUACAGUAAACAUGAUGUCAAAUCUUGCAUAUCUAAGAUCCAGAGUGUUGGUUAUGGGGAAAAACUGGAUCUUUUUGGUGUUCUUCGUCUUACUGCUCUCAGUUCAGGGUUCUGUUUGGGAAGCUGCAACUGGAUUGUGGAAUCAGACUAUGAAAAGAUUUCCUAUUUAUCUUCUUCAUCAUCCUUUACAACACAUCCCUUGCCUCUGGAUCAGACACCACUGAAGAAUAGUGAUGUGGUCAUUGCUACAGGACUGACAGAAGCACCAACGCAGAACCCUGAUGCCAUGCUUGGGGAAUUCUGUACACACUUGUCUACCACCCUAAGAAAUGGAGGAAAUGUCUUGGUUCCUUGUUAUCCUUCUGGUGUCUUGUAUGACUUGUUUGAGUGUCUCUACUCCUACCUGGACAGCGCUAAUCUUACAUCUGUACCUAUAUACUUUAUAUCCCCGGUAGCUGACAGUUCUCUUGCUUAUUCUAAUAUCUAUGCUGAGUGGUUGUGCCAAAGUAAACAAACUAAGGUUUAUUUACCAGAACCUCCCUUUCCUCAUGCCGAGCUUGUCAAGAUAGGAAGACUAAAACACUUUCCUAAUUUACAUGAUGGAUUUAGCAGCUCUUACAAAACACCUUGUAUAGUAUUCACCAGUCACCCRUCUUUGAGGUUUGGAGAUGCGGUUCACUUCAUGGAGAUGUGGGGCAAAUCACCAGUUAAUACUGUUAUAUUCACAGAAUCAGAUUUCUCCUACCUCGAAGCACUAGCCCCUUAUCAACCCUUGGCAAUGAAGGCAUGUUAUUGUCCUAUCGAUCCRAGGCUUAAUUUUGGACAAGCGAAUAAACUAUUACGGGAAUUGAAGCCUGGACAUCUGGUUAUUCCAGAAGUGUACACUCGAACCCCGGCUCUACUUCCACAGAGAACAGACUUAACUAUACAAGAUAUGGAAUGCCAAGUAUCAACCAUCGGUCAUCUAGACAUCUUAACUUUACCAGUAUCAAGGGAGUAUGAGAAAGUAAUCUUGGACAACAGGAUUUCAAAUUUUCUCGUCCCGCGAGAAGUCAGGCCAGGUGUGGCUGUUGCCACGGUAACGGGUACCUUGGUAACCCAAGACAACAAGUACACACUCGAGCCACUUAACUUUGAACACGACGGACAAGAGCGAAGCCGAGAUCCAAAAAGUGAUGCCAACAACAAACAGCCUUCAAGACAUCUAUGGGGAUCUGUCUCAGUUGAAGACUUAAUUCAAUCUCUAGCCAAGAGAGGCAUUCAUGAUGUCAACACAGAGUCGAGUUCUGGUGGACACACCCUUCACUUGCCAGAAGAUGACGCUAUGAUCCAGUUGGAUCGAGGCAGCACCCACAUCAUCACUCAUGGAAAUGAGCUCCUCAGAAUUCGAAUACGAGAUGCCUUACUAGACUGCUUACCCCAGUUUUAGGCAAAAAACUUUCAUUUUAUGGUAUUUUAUUAUAAUUUCCCAAUAUAAGGUUAAAAAAACCAAACCAUAUAUGUACAUAGUUUUUCAAAAACUGCAUUCCMAUUCCUAGGCAAUAAUAAAUAUUACAGAACUAGCAGAAGCCAUAUCUCAUAAGAUUCCGUUUAUGUCCAAGCAAGAUUUUCAGUUCAGAAACAUAAAUUUUGGAAUUAUUUCUUUACAGGUAUACUUACAACUGAUUUAUUUUCAUUCCGAAAAUACACCUAUUUCAGAAAAAAAAAAAAA